AUCAUUCACAAUAGUAGCUGAGAGUUUAAAAAUAUUUCCAUUACUUCAUUUUGUCUACAAAAAUGUAGUUAUAAAUUAAAAUAUGUAUUUUUAUUAAGGGCCAUUACACAAAACUAGUCAUUCAAAAUAUCUUUCUGCAAUAUAUUUUAGAAAUAUUUUGAAACGUAUAUUUGAAUCAAAUACAUUUAAACCCAAACACCAUAUUUAAUACAAUUAUAUCGCACGUCGUGCUGAUAAGAUCUCAGAAUAAAGCUUUCCUCUAUAAACAAAGAAUAUGCAGAAAGUGGAAAAGUUCAAUGACAGAGCAGCACUACAAUUAUAAUUGUUUAUAAGGGUUUUAAAAUAAUCAAUAUAUAUAGACUAUAUGAUCAUCACAAAAAGGGAAACUAACUGUCAAACAAAUUUUAUGUGAACGGGACCUGUAACAAAGCCAAAUUUAUGCGAUUUGCUGCAAAUUGUUCAAAUUGACAAUUUACUUGAAAAUGCGAUCGCAAGCAAGCAAAAAUUUAUCACGUUACGAGUGUACUGGACCACAAGCUGCAACUUACAAAAUGUCAAAAAACUACCAUUGAAAUUUUCUUAUAUAUACGAAUAUGUGCGGGGACUUUGGGAGUACAUGUGAUGAAGGAGAGGGCACAAUAGACCCUAGGUCGCGGUACACACCUCAAACCAACUAUCUAUCUAUCUAUGUACAUGAUAUUAGUUUACUAUGAUUUAUGGUACGUGAAACCACCGGUAGAGGAAUUUACAAUGGGUAAAAUAUUAUAUGUAUAAAUGAAGCGAUUCGAGAAAACUCACUGUUAUAAAAUCCUCCAACGAUUGCCAAGCUAAUUCGAGGGUUGGCAUCAUUGUCACAAAGUGUUGGUCGUGUAGCAAAUGAGAACCUGAUUUUUUCGCUUUCAUAAAUUGCUGUGUUUUCACAAAGUUCAGUAAGAAACAAUACUAGAAAAUUACAAAUUUGUUUAAAUAAGUGAUAUAUAUUGAAAAUUUAAUAAGUACAACCAUAUUCCGCCAGUGAAUAAUUCUUCAACGUGGAAUCGAUAAACGAAUCUAAAAAUUAUAAUGAGUGCUCAACCUAGUCCCGCCUGCAUGACUCCUUCAACCGAACAGGAAAGAGUAUUUCAAUGGAUCAACGAAUUGGCCCAUCCAGAGAGUCGUGAAACAGCUUUACUCGAAUUGAGUAAGAAACGUGAAACAGUGACAGAUCUCGCGCCAAUGCUAUGGCAUAGCUUUGGCACUACCGCCGCCCUUUUACAGGAGAUAAUUAAUAUUUAUCCAUCGAUUAAUCCUGCCACACUCACUGCGCAUCAAUCAAACCGCGUCUGCAGUGCGUUAUCCCUACUGCAAUGUGUCGCAUCGCAUCCGGAGACGCGUACAGUGUUCCUGCAGGCGCAAAUACCAUUGUUCCUGUAUCCGUUUUUGCAAACAACAUCCAAAACACGGCCAUUUGAAUACCUUCGACUAACAAGUUUAGGCGUAAUUGGUGCAUUAGUUAAGGCUGAUGAGCAAGAAGUGAUAACUUUCCUUUUAGCAACUGAAAUCAUUCCACUGUGUCUGCGAAUAAUGGAAACCGGUUCAGAACUGAGUAAAACUGUAGCUACGUUUAUCCUGCAAAAGAUUUUAUUGGACGAAAGUGGUCUCUCGUAUAUUUGUCAAACGUAUGAACGUUUUUCGCAUGUUGCUAUUAUUUUGGGCAAAAUGGUAAUUCAACUUGCCAAGGAGCCCUCAGCACGUCUGCUGAAGCAUGUCGUACGAUGCUAUUUACGUCUUUCUGACAAUCCCAGAGCACGUGAGGCUUUGCGACAAUGUCUUCCAGAUCAACUGCGUGAUGCGACAUUUUCAGUAUGUCUCCAAGAUGACAAAUCCACCAAACACUGGCUACAUUUACUAAUUAAAAAUUUGGAGCUGGGUGUUGUCGCACCCACAGACCCGCGUCAAAUCGGUAUGUCACCAUUGACGUCAUAAACAGCAGCAGCAGCAGAAAACGCGCCGUCUAAAGUACAUGUAACUACAUAUGAAGUGCAGCUAAAAGUGCUGUUGUUGUAUGAUAAGAAUUGUACGCGCAGCGCAGUCCAAACAACCCAGCCAAGUAUACAACAGAGACUACAGCCCCAACUAACUAGUUUAAAAUAGUGAAUACGCAAGUUACAAAUAAAAUAACUUUUUACUUAAAAAUUGUAAUAACCAAUUAAAAGCAAAACAAAUCAAACACAAUAUAACAAAGGAAUACGUAAAUACUUAAAUACACAACACAAACACACACUAUAUCUACAAAAAAAAAAAAAAAACAAAUACUUAAAAGUCGUGAUAGAAUUUGCAACAAUACGAAUGCAUUAUAAAAUAAAUAAAUAAUAAUUAUGAUAAUAAGGAUAAAAUAUAUAAAAUGGAGACUGUUUAUAUGAUAAAAACCAUAAAACAAAAACAAAAAUACGGGUUUAAAAAAAGCCCAAAAAAGAGCGAAAAUAAAUAAAUUACUGAUGAAAAUUAUAAGGAAAUUUAUGUAGAAAAUGAGUGAAUAUUAACUAAAUUAUGUAAUAAUUAAGAAAUGGCGGUACCUAAAAAAUUUAAAUCGAAAAUAAUAAAUAAUAAGUAUCUAAUUUAUAUAGCUAUAACUUUGAAAUUUGCUGUAACAAAAAUGCUGAUUUCAUUGCUUUUUGCCACAUGUAAUCAAAGGCGAAUGAACUCUCUCUGAGAUUAGAUAAGAAACUCAAAUGGAUUGAUUUUCUAUUUAAAGUAAAAAUAAUCAUAAAAUUGGCUGUUAAGUAGAUCUACCCAGAUGUGUAUACAGCAUGCAGAUACAUACUUACACGUAGUUGCAAUAGUAUCGAACGAAUAUUAAAUAUAAAAACGAACAUAGUUUUUGUUUUCAAAGUUAGCUUCAACUUGCGCGACUUACGUAAACGGUAGAAGUAGAGGAAACUGUAUUUUAAUUUACGUGUGCAACAAGAAUUUCAUAUACUUUAUAUUGAUUGAAAGGAGUUUUGUACCACAGUCUAGCAAUUAAUGAAAUAUAUGUUUUUAAAUGAACUUUGUAUAUAUUUAGGCAAUAACUGUGAACUAAAACAUAAAUGAAUGCACGGGCUCAUGCAUAAAGGGUAACAUAAAGUCAAUGAAUUAUACUCCGUAACAUUUUAAGACAUAUGCUGUCAGUAAUUUAUCAUUCAAACUUACAACUGCAACAACUUGAAACACUAAUCAUACAUUUUCGACUAAAUGCCUUAAAUUUUGUCUUCAAGUGACAAAAAGGGUGAUUAAAUCAUGUCACCCGAAUAGUGGAACAGUAAUUCACUAAACGAUGUGUUAAUUAUGCUUUAAGGUAUCAAGUUUAUUUUUUUUUUUCAAAGACGUUAACUCGCACAGCAACAACGUUAUAUUGUAUAAUUGUAAAGCCACAUUUUUAAUUUCUAAUAAUCAUAAGCCAAUCUAUGGAUCGCUAUGUCCUUAUAACUAGUGCAUAUAACAGAAAUUGUAUUAAGUUCGGCAUACAUUCAUUUACACAUACAUAUAUACUGCAUUGUACUCUACCAUUUGUAUAUGAUUUCUCAAUAAUCUCUCGAGACUUAAUUAAGCCCGCUUUACAGGGACCUUUUUGAUUGUGAAUUGUUGAUAUCAUUUGUAAAAAAUAUACACUUAAGCAGUUUGAUAUAUUUUAAUAUGUGAAGCCAA